AUGGCUACCUCGGUUAUCGGCGAUGUGUUUUUCUCACCUGCGCACCCCACUAACCUCACUUGCUCCGCUUGCAGCGUCGCCAGUGCUACCUCGGAUCUCAAAACAGAUGAAUCCUCCAAACUGAAUAUGACCAACCACUCCGCCAUGAACGGUCACACCAGCUCUCCUGCAAAUGCCAACGGCACGACCACCGCAGCCUCUCCUCCCAAGUCACCGGCCUCUGCGGCUCCACAAACUGAAACCCCUGCUCCGUCGGCCCCAGCCGAGCCCGCUUGCUCUAAUCAAUCCACUGCGCCGCAAGAGACGCAGGCCUCAGAGAAGGCGGAACGGGCGACUCCCAUCGUCCCAAGUGCGUCCCCUGAGAACAGCAUCUCUCACACUCCUCGACCUGCUCCUGCCUCCUCUUCCGGAGGCAUCGCCUCUGGACCAUUCGACGGCUCCGCGGAUUCAUCGGAUAAGAUGGCUGUCGAUGGUCCCCAGGGUACUACAGGGGUCAAGACUGAGCUUCCUCACCACCCGAGUACCGAACCUGGCACCCCCAGCCUACCUGCACUCCAGACUGACCACGAAAUGAAAGACGCACCCAGCGCGCCCCUUUCUCCCUCGAAGGUUUCCCGCGAACGCGAGAUGGAUCCGGCUGAGGAGCCGGCUGCCAAACGCACGAAGGUUGAACCUGAGGACGGCACUGUGGAUUUCAAGCAGCCCGAGUUGCCUACCCCGGCUGCUGAGACUCCGGGCCCCGCUGCUCAAGUUGGAGAAUCCAGCAUCACCAAGAUGCAGCACAAGUUUCUCGUGAAGUGCCUAACCAGUUUGAAGCGCAUGCAUGAUGCACGCUUCUACAAGGUUCCCGUGGAUCCGAUCACGUUGAACAUCCCCAAUUAUCAUAACGUUAUUACCAGACCCAUGGAUUUGGGUACCAUGGAGAAGAAGCUGAAGGCCAACGAGUAUCCAUCCCCACAGGCUGUUAAAGCUGACUUUGCUCUGAUGGUGGACAAUGCGAAUAAAUUCAACGGUCCCGAUCACGUGGUUUCACAAGAGGGGCGUAAACUGCAGGCCACCUUUGAAAAGCAAAUGCUGAACAUGCCAAGGCCCGACGAGGUGGAAGAAAAGAAGCCCAAGAAGAUGACAGAAAAGACUUCAGCAGCCCGUCGGGAGCCACGCACUUCCACUGGCGGCCUGCCUGUCCCUGCGGCUGCUCCCGCUCCCGUUCAGCCGCCGGCUCCAGCACCCAAGGCGACAUCGCCCCAGAGCACUACCUUCGCCCUGGGUCCUGAGGGCCUACCGGUCAUUCGCCGCGACUCGUCCAACCCCGAUGGACGCCCUAAGCGGUCCAUUCACCCCCCCAAGCGCGACAUGCCGUACUCCACUAAGCCCAAGAAAAAGAAGUACCAGUGGGAACUGCGCUUCUGCCAGGACGUCCUGGAGGAGCUUCACAAGCCGAAGCAUCAAAUGAUUGCGUUGCCUUUCUACUACCCUGUCGACCCGGUGGCUCUCAACAUCCCUACCUAUCACAGCGUGAUCAAGAAGCCCAUGGAUCUGUCAACCAUCAAGUCAAAGCUCACGACUGGUCAGUAUGAGAACUCUAAGGAGUUUGAAGUUGACAUCCGCCUGAUGUUCAAGAAUUGCUACCGAUUUAACCUUCCCGGUGACCCCACUUACCUGGCUGGACAGAGCCUGGAGGCAACCUUCGAUGAGAAGUGGCAGCAGAAGGCCGCCUACCUGGAGAAACAUGAGCCGCACCCCGAACAUAACAGUGAUUCCUCUGAGGAUGAUAGCGAUGAGGAUGUUGAUGAGAGUGAUGAUGACGACGCCAGACUCAGCCAACUCCAGAAGCAGAUUGCGGAGAUGUCUCGCCAGGUGGAAAUGAUUACCCAGAAUAAGAAGAAGACCCCUCCGGCUAAGAAGGCCAAGUCGAAGUCAACCGGCAAGAAGGAUCCGAAGAAGAGCAGCAGCGGCAAGAAGGAUAAGAAGAGCAAGAGCUUCUCCGGCAAGCCUGAAAAGCGCAACAUAACCUACCAUGAGAAGCAGAUCAUUUCGAACGGCAUUAGCAGUCUCCCAGACAAAAAGAUGCAGGAGGCUCUCGGCAUCAUCCAGAAGAAUGUUCCGGCUUUGAAGGGUACCCAAGAGGCCGAGAUUGAACUGGACAUUGACGAGCUGCCGAACGAUGUCCUGCUGUUGCUGCUCAAAUUUGUGAAGAAAAAUUGCCCCAACAUCAUGGAUGAUGAGGAUGAUGCCCCUGUCAGCAGCGUGGCUGCCCCGAAGCCGAAGAAAAACAAGCCCAUGAGCAAGUACGAGCAAGAAGCUCAAAUCAAUAUGCUUGAAAGCAAUCUCUCUCGCUUCCAGGGUGGCGGGGGCUCCCCUGUCCCAAUGCCUUCUGUCGAGGCCAAUGAAACCAGCGAGGACGAAUCAGAUGAUGACUCGGAGGAGAGCGAAGAAGAGUAA